AUGGUAAUUGUAUCAGGCACCUGGGCACCAGUUGACCCACAGGAACCUUCAAAAGGCCCAGCGAGCUCGGACCAGCUCCACCUCAGGUACCCAGAUAUAGAUAUGUUGCCUUCGGAUAUGACGAUGUCCACGGACAUCCAGGUUGCCUUCAGUUUUGUCAGUGCGCUUGACAUUUGCCUCACGAGUUUCGGGAACGCCCGGACCGUGGGAGCCAGGAAUGCGGAUCAGGCUGACUACGGUCCCCUGAAUCCUGCCAGUUUGCGGCUCGAGUUGAGUUUGUGUCAUCGAGACCUGCCCUUGGGCUCAAACUUUACUGUUGAUUGUAUUUAUACGCAUGCUGGAAGUUGGAAUGUGUAUAUAUGCUUGUUUUGA